GGAAGUUGUUUCACUUUGUAAAUGAGGAAACCUUUAUUUGUAAUCCAGAAAUCAGUUGAUUGUUGGACACCUAAAAAAUGGCAAUAUCAGCAACAUUAGCGGUCAAAAUAUUAUACAUCUGUAGUGGAUGUGUCCAUUAUUUGAGUCCUCAAUGGGCAGAAAACACCAAUGCCACUGGGAGUCACAUGAAAAUUCAUGAAUUUAAACAUCCGUUCUUUAUGGCCUGUUUGAAGUACCUAGGUCAGCUAUUCUGCAUUCUAUUGUACUACAUCGCGUUUGGUCGGCAGACCGUGCCGAACAACAACACAGUCCCUGGAAAUGUUGGUCCUGGUGCCAUAGCUGAUGGUGGUGCUGUGGCUGCUGCAGCUGACAGACCAGAACCACGACCUUUUGCCAGGCGUAGGCCAGGACUAAAUCCCCGCUUCCCACCCGAAGAACGUGACCCGACUAAGUACAACAAGUUUAUUUUCCUCCUCUGUACUCUGUGUGACAUGGCCAGAACGGGACUCCUGUACGUUGGACCCAAGUUGACCUACCCGUCAAGCUCUAUCAUGCUCAGUGGUACUGUGACAUUCUUCACAGCGUUGCUGUCAGUGGCGUUUCUGGCUACUCCACUUCAGAACAGGAUGUGGUUUGGUGUCUGUGUGAGCGUCUGUGGUCUGGCGGUUCUCGGCCUGAGGGACUACGUAUUUGUGCAUCUCAACUCGUACGAUUCGUACGGGAUAGCAGCAGGAGACUUGCUUAUCGUCAUGGCAAUGAUAAUGACGGCCACGCAGGUGAUUCUUGAGGAGAAGUUUGUGAAGAAACACAACAUCAGUCCCCUCUUGACAGUCGGCAUAGAAGGUCUGUUUGGGUUUGUUCUCACCCUAAUUCUUGUGGUGGUCUUCUACUUCGUUCAUGCGGGGGGAUUCAGCAAACUCCCCGAACACCGCCUCGAAGAUUUCAUCGAUGCUUUCACGCAGAUGAAAAGCAGUUGGAGGAUCGCAUUGGCUGUGGUUGGUACCGUCGUCAGCGUCUGUUUCUACUCCUACUUUGGCAUUACCAUCGCAAAGAGUCACGACCACGGCGCUGUCUCAAGGAUGGUUCUUGACAACAUCGCGACGCUGUUCGUCUUCGCGUUCUUCCUCAUCGUCGGCUGGCAGCCAGUUCACUGGGUGAUGAGCAUUGGCUUCUGUCUCGUCGUCCUCGGAGUCAUGUUCUACUACGACUUCAUCUUCUACAACAUAUAUCUGAAAAUUCGGAGAGGACUUGGCUGUCCAGAACUCGUCCUGCCAGGAGCCGAUACUGAGCCAUUGCUAGUACGCAAUGAUGCUGCUGUCCAAGAAAGAUGAAGUGCCAGUCGGAGACGAUGACUAAUGUUUGGAAAAUGAAAAAAAAAAGAGGGAAAAUAUUGUCGUCAUCAAAACUAAUCGUAUCUUCAUUUAAACUAGUGCUUCUCAUCAUUUUGAUCUUUUACCAUUCCAUUCUCUUAUUAGCCCUCUUCCAGUCCAAUCAAAGGGACUAUAGGUUCUGUCUCUGUCCUGUCUGUCUGUCCAUCUGUCCCACAUAUAGUUUUCCGGACUUUUGUUUCACAAUUUUUCAAGAUAUUGAGCUGAAUUUUUUUUUUUUUUUUAUAGCUAUACCAUGUAUUGUUACAGACCAAGUGUCACUUUCAUGGUGAUUUACCCAUUUUCACAGAGUUAUCACCCUUGAACUUAUGAAUAUGAAUAAGAUAUUGAGCUAAAAUUGUAUUAUGUACUGUUACAGAUCAAGUAUGACUUUCAUGGCGAUUUACCCGAUACCCAUUUUUUACAGUUAUGACUCUUGAACAUAGGAAAUAUGAAAAUUUGUUUUCCUGAGAAAAAAAAUUCCACAGUGCUUCACGAUAUUGAGCUGACAUUUUGUGUAUAACUUUACCAUGUACUGUUACAGAUCAAGUAUGACUUUCAUGGCGAUUUACCCAUUUUUCACAGAGUUAUGACCCUUGAACAUAGGAAAUAUGAAGAAAAAAAAUUCUAGACUUUUCUUUUACAAUGCUUCAAGAUAUUGGCAAUUUACCCUCCUUUUUAUUUAUGACCCUUGAAAAUGUGUUGGGCCUUGUAGGGGAGAUAUAUUGCUUUAGUAGUCCUAUCAGAAUGCUUGUUAUAUAAUUGUUGUAUGUAAAUAAUAAACAGUGUUAAUCUCGGUGAUACUAGGGUGAAUACAGGAUUGUUUUUUUAAAUGAUGUAUACUGCUCAGUGGGCGAUUUUGAUGAGAGUUCGGGAGCCCGAGGCCCACAAAAAUCAUAAAAGACUUUCUAGCUUGGCUAGCAUAUGAGCCUGCAUGGCUCAUAAAAAUUAUUUGUACAAAUUACAUUGAUUCUUCGAAAUGACAUCUCAAAAUCCUGAGAAACGACAGUCUUGAAUAACGAUCUUUUCCAUGAUUUCAUGCAAAACAUUUAGUGUAUCUUCUAUUUUACUGGAGACGUACGGUAGGGCUCGCUUGGAUAGUGGUGAGCUCUAAAGAUAUGCAAACAGGCAGACCCUGUGACACUUAAAUUUUUAAAACCAAAAUGGCACACUGCUGCUUUAAUUAUGUGUCUAUAUCACCCUUGUUAUCAAAAUUUCAAUCCUAUAAAACCCACAUUGAUCUUCAUAUAUAUAUGUAUAUGUAUAUGUAUAUAAUUUUUUUAAAGAGUUUUACAAUUUUUUUAUUUACAAGAUCUCACACUCCCAGUGAAGGGUGUUAUAUAGUGUACAAAAUAGAAAACUUGACAAUUCGAUCAUAACAUUGUUAUGUACUAAAGUUUUAUGAAGGUAAAGAGCUUAAAAAGUAGACCUUAAAUGUUAGCAGAUCAGCACAAUCAAAUUGAAAAAGGAAUACAGCAAUAAUGCAGGGCCUACUUAUUGCUUGUAUAGUAUAAUGGGAAAGAAUACAACUUAAGUAUACCCAUAAACAUUUACAUUGAAAUAAAACUAUCUCUGGGUGUGUAGGAUCUUCAUAUAUUGGGUGGCCCCUAAAAAACGAUAGGCUAACCCUACUGAAUAUGCAAUACUUUUUAGACUUUGUUUUUACUUACAAUUUUGAAUUUGUUGCUGUGUUAACAAUAUUUUAACUAUGGGCUUCAAUUUUCACUGAAGGUGACAAAUAUCCAUAUAGUAAUGGGUGUGAAACAUCAAAAUUACAGUUCUCAUACUUUAUAAAUUAUUGUCUAUUCAGUAGGGUUAUGGUGUUUUGUUUUUUGUUGUUGUUUCGGAGGGGGCACAUUAUACAUGUAGUACUUUGUAACUCAUCUGUUUUGAUCUGCCUAUGUAGCCUACUGCAGGAUAAUCACAACCCCAUCCAAGAUAUGCCUAUAUACUACCACACUUUACUCUAGAUCUGUUUAUAUACUUAUUUUGUUAUUUAUGUGAAGAGUUCAUUUCCAAAAUAUAAUAUACACCAAUUUCCAGGGGGUGGGAUGUAGCCCAGUGGUAAAGCACUCACUUGAUUCGCGGUCGGUUUAGGGUCGAUCCCUG